CGGCGGCUAGGCUCAGUCGUUCCCGCGGUAUAAUGUAGUGAGCAUGUACGCUGCAAAAGUUUUGCUGAUCAUCGCGGUCUUUGCGACCGCUAGCUACGCCUCGUCUGCACGUUUUUCCAACCUCGACCGUCUGCUCAACCGCCUCGACGGGAGCACAGAACAGCCUGCGACGAUCCAACCCCCAGCCACCCCUGGGCACAGGGUGAGACACGCACAUUGGCACAACCAGCCGGAAUUGGACUUGGACGAUAACGACGACGACGACGACGAUGAUGAACAUGAUGAUAUUCUCAACGAGCCACAGGCGGACGUGCACCAUAGGCCAUCCUACAACACUAAGGCCACGAGGACCAACUGGAAAGAAAAGCCGUCGAGGAAGAAUCUCGAAAGGUUUUUCAGCACUUACAGAAACGGUGCUUUAAAAAUUUCAGGUGGCGUGGACGACCCGAGUUCGCAGGUGGAGGUUCAAAAUCACCACGAUAAAAUCACAUCAGAAGCGAAAUGCAAAGUCCCACAGCCGAGAGUCAUCCGGGUAUCUGAUCACUACCCGACCAGUUCAAAGACGUACGUCCCUUCUUGCACACUGCUGCACCAAUGCGCAGAAGAUACGGGCUGUUGUCCUCCGUCGCAGAAAUGCGGUCCCAAGGACAGCAAGAAGGUGGAACUUCAUUUUUACGCGACGUACGAAAUACCAGGGAUAAGCAGACACCAUCCCAGGAAGGCAGUUAGGAUCGAAAAGCUCGUUUUUUAUAAUCACACCGAGUGCGAAUGCAUGGACAGGGGAGAUGAGAUGCCGAGAGACACGGACACGAAAAAUGCAUUGGGCCAACCGAGAUCAAAUCACAUUCCACAGUGUAAAUGCCCGAGCCAAUUUUCAGUUCGUAUCCACUCAAACGGAUCAUGUUCUUGCGACUGCUUCGACAAACAGAGGGAUUGCACUAAGUACAAGAAAGGGAAGGAAUACUUCGUCCAUGCAGACCGUCUAUGCAUAGAAAUGCGGACAUGUACUGUUCCAACCUGCGAUUUCGGCACUUUCAUUCGCAGAUCAGGGAGAUGCCCGAGGAAGCACGAAAAGUACCGUUCAUGGGAGCGAUACAAAAUAUAAGCAAAAAAUUAAAUCAAAAAUGAUAAAAACCCGUAUGAAAUACCAGUGAUUUUUUAAAUUUGUAUAACAAGUGAUUUCAAAGAGAGGCAUUUAUCAAAUGACCUUGUGUUACUUGUCUAAUAUUUGUCAAAAAACAAAAUUAAUUUAAUUUUUUUUUUCACCCAUUUUAUUUUGGAUUUUUUGACUAUACACAAUGAAACAAUUGCUUGAUUCAGGUUGAUUAAAUUGCAGUUCGAUUUUUAGACAAUUUUUUUUCCAGUGUGUAAAAUAAAUGUACAUAAUAGUUUUCUUUUCUCGCUCACUAUUGAUUUGCGUUGAAUCUGAUUUAUAUUAUAAAAAUGUAUCUUUAAAAAAAUGAAAAUAAGUAAAAAAUUGCCAUUAGAUUAAAACAAAUAAAAUAGAAUUUGGCCAAAAAUUUUAAUGACAAUAUGGCAAUUUUUCACUUCUUUAAGCAUUUUGUCUCCGUCAGAGAUAAGACGAUGAAUUCUGUGUGAUAUAUUUUUUAUUUUAACUUUAUUUUAUAAUUUAAAUUUUUUGUGUAUAUGAAAAUAGGUUCGAGUGUAAAUCUUAUCAAUGAACUUAUGUAUGUAUAUAUUUUAAAAAAUUGACUGCAUAUUUCGAAAUUUUAAUAGAAAAAAAAUUUACUUCUGAAGUACAAACAUACUUUAAACAGAUUAUUAUAUACAUAAUGAUGUAUAUAAUAAUGUGUAUGAAAUAGUAAUGUGUAAGGAAAUUUUCAAAUAAUGCAAAUUUUGAAUUUUUUAAAAAUCAGAAAGACUAAUUCCAUAUCCAAAUGGUUAUCAGAAAAUUGCUCAUCAAUAAUAACCCCAUCUGACUUAAUAAAAUUUAUAAUCAACUUAUUUUCAUUAAACAAACAUUAUUUUAAAUAGUUGAAAAACGAAUUUCAACAUGUUCUAUUAUCAAAAUAACGAAUAAUAUCGAAGUUAUGGACCAUAGAAAUGUCUAUUUAAAAUAUAGACAAUUUAUCUAUAAGGAGAUUUAAUUGUAAAAAAAAAUAAUAACAACAUUCCUAGGCAUGUGUACUCGUUGUUUUGUUUAAAAUUCAAUCUGAAAUCAACUCUGUUUAAAUAAAACAUAGCUCAUGACUACAUCUUUGUUGAAUAUUGAAUCUGGGCAACCAAAUUAUCGUUAUUGACUCAAAUGCCAAGAUGAAUAAAAAUAAUGAUACACUUAUCUAAUCGUUAACUUCUUUGCAUUUAAAUAUUAACCUCAGGUAUUAUAGGUUCAUGUAGAGUAUUAUCGAGUUGUUUGUCACUUAGGGUCAGUCUUUGUAGAAAUUUGUUUUAGAUUAGAGACGAGCACCAAAAAUGAAGAUUUAGAUUUAACGCCAUGUAAUCUUAAUUCGUUAAGUGUUUCAAGUACGUUAACUGUAAUCUCAAUCCUUUAAUAAUUGCUUAGAGUAGUUAAUUAACAAUUCAAUACUAGAGAAUCUUGUAGCCAUGUAUAAUUGUGUAUAUUUAGCUAAAUUAUUGAAAGAAAAAAAAGUUUUUUUGACAGACCUGUCCAGCAGGGGACAUUUUGUAAAUUAUUAGUUAUAUGUAAGAAGUAUCACGUUAAUAAAACGUAUAACUUUGAAUAUAAGAUUUGAAUGUUUUAAAUGACUAACUAAUUUGGAUCAAAACUACACAUAUUAUUAAAAAAAAGUAAAUGAUAAAGACCACUUAAUUAUGUAAUAUCAAAUAAGUUAUCCCUCAUAAUACCGUAUGGACCAUUGUUUGUAUUUGUGCCAAUAAUGUAAUAAAAUAAGUUAUAUAGUUUCA